AUGCUCAGUGGUAUGGUUCCUUUUAGUUGUCACAUGUUCUAUCUAAGCGGUGAGGCUAAUUAUGAGACGAAAUUUCGAAAAUGUGCAAAAAAGUCUUCUGGUCUACAAUUGUCUUUGUUGGAUGCAACUAAAAACUCCUGCCGAUUAUAUACGAGACUCCUUCAUUCUUCCCGGAAAUCAUCAGAGAGCGACGCGUCGGGUUCUGCCGCUGUGGCCGAGGAUAGUGAGGAGUCCUCUUAUACUGCUGGUGAUAGAUUUAAGUCGUUCCGGAAAGUAGGUGCUUAUUCAACUCGGGGAUCUGAGACAAAAUGGACCGUACCGCCUUCGAAUGCGCAUGGCUCAGCGGGCAACGGGAUGAGAAAUGGGCCACCCUCAGGAUGGCCGAGUGGGGGGGCUCCAGGUCGUGCUGGGCCUACUGCAGUCUCGGCACCGAUAAGUCGGUAUCGGAGGAACCAGCAGAGCUCCUAUGGCCCGCCUUCUUCGUGGAGUAAUACUGGACGAGCAACAACUAUGAGUAAUCCGGAUAAUAAAUUUGGCUCUAGGCCUUCAUGGAACACUCGUCCCCCCUCAAAGCCUGCUGCUGCGGAAGGCGGUGCUCAUGAUACACGACCUCCACCUUCACAGGGCCCUAUUCGAUCGUUGGGCGGUUUCAGAACGAGAUCCGACACCCCAGAACAUAGAAACCCAAAUACAUCGUCUGGCUCUUUGGGUUCAAGACUAAAAUGGAAUGACCCUCCACCGCAGCGGCUUUUUGGAGCAAAAGGAGAACACCAGCGGACGGAACAAACUAGAGACAAACCGCUUAUUCGCACAACCUGGGCUGGCCGAACUAUGGGUGACAGCGGGCCUAGAGUAUCAAAUGGAUUUCCGCCGGGUAGGUCACAAUCAGGUGGCCCGGAGUUGAGGAAACAAGAAGGAUCGAUCAAUUACACACGUGAGCUCGAUCAAGCCGAGCCUCGAUCAAGUAUAGGAGCCGGUAAGGGUGGACCACCAUCAGUUAAAACUGCCCAUGGCGGGCUUGGGCAAUCCAUCGCGAUUGGUCGGGAAUCACUUAGCUGUAGCACUGAUACUCCCAAAGCGCCUGAUGACAUCGGGACAUUCGGGGACCAAUCACAGCAAGUAUCAGAAAGUACGGAGCAUUUCUCAGCUACUCAAAAGAUGAACCAGAUAGAGGAGAUAUCAUCUACCUAUGUACCAAUCGGGACUAAGCCACCUGGCUUAACUGAGACCGAGGAAAGAAAUAUUGAACAACGGAAUGUUCAGGAGGGAGAGGCGGGGGUAUCGGGAUUUGCACCCGGCCAUAUGACAGAAGGGCUCCGAACCCAGCCGCUCACUCCUGUUGAGCUUGAAUACGAAGGGCGGCAGUCAGCCAAGCCUCGUGGGAAGUCUCGUGGGCGCGAAUUUGAUGACGGGGAAUCUGCUAUCCUGGAAGAGGACGAGAGACCAUUGACCAGCAAAGCUGCAAAGAAGGCAAGGAAAGCAAAGAAGAGGCAAAAGCAGAUUGAGGCGGUGCCGGCUAUGGUCCCCCUUUUUCUCCCUGAAUAUAUCAGCGUCGCAAACUUGGCAAGAGCGGUGAAGAUGAGGUUGGAUGACUUUAUAGUUCAAAUGCAAAAUAUGGGCUUUGAGGAUGUCAGUUAUGAUCAUGUAAUGAACGCUGAAGUUGCAGGACUUAUUGCUAUGGAGUAUGGUUAUGAGCCGAUAGCAGAUACCAGCAAGGAAAAGGAUCUCCUCCCGCGGUAUGUUUUGUUAUCCCGUUUUUCUGGACACAUCUGAUACUUUAUAGCCCUCCACCUAAGGACAAAUCCGUUCUCCAACCCCGCCCUCCAAUUGUUACAAUUAUGGGACACGUUGAUCAUGGGAAAACAACCCUUCUUGAUUGGUUGCGGAAAUCGUCGAUUGUCGCUACUGAGCAUGGUGGUAUCACCCAACACAUCGGUGCCUUCUCGGUCACAAUGCCCUCAGGAAGGAUCAUUACCUUUCUGGACACUCCUGGACACUCUGCGUUCCUCUCCAUGAGGGAACGAGGUGCCAAUGUUACCGACAUCGUGAUUCUCGUCGUCGCGGCUGACGACUCGGUCAAGCCCCAAACUAUAGAGGCAAUCAAACACGCAAAGGCUGCAAACGUGCCCAUGAUCGUGGCUAUCAACAAGAUUGACAAAGAGGGAUCAGAUAUAGAUGGUGUCAAGAGGGAUCUCGCCGAGAGUGGGGUGGAUAUUGAAGACAUUGGUGGCAAUACCCAGGUUGUGCUUGUGUCUGGAAAGACGGGACAAGGAAUGGAGGAGCUCGAGGAGGCUACCCUUACGUUGAGCGAAGUUUUGGAUAUGAGGGCAGAAACAGAGGGGCUGUGUGAAGGGUGGGUAUUAGAGGCAGGGACAGAGAAGAGAGGAAAGGUUGCCACGGUCCUAGUAAACAGGGGGACAUUAAGGCCAGGCGAUGUUAUAGUCGCCGGACAGACUUGGGCCAGAGUACGGAGCUUGGUCAACGAGCACGGCGUUGGAAUUGAAUUUGCUACUCCAGGAACUCCUGUUACAGUCGAUGGAUGGAGAGACCAGCCGUUGGCUGGUGACUCUGUAAUACAGGCGGUUUCUGAGGUAUGUCUUCCAGACCUCCGGUAAACUUCCAGUUACUCAUGUCAUCCACAGGAUAGAGCAAAAACAGCUGUCAACUUCCGCAUGGAAAAGACACAACGUCUCCGACAAGCCGCAGACAUGGAAGCUAUCAACAACCAACGGCGCGCACAGCGCGAGAAGGAAGCAGCCGAGAAAGCGAUUCGGGAACAAGCCCUAGCUAAUAACCAAGAUCCCGACGCCGCCGUCGCCGCCAGUGAAAAACUUGCAGCAGAGAGCCGGAGGAAGUACGAAGUUGUCAACUUCAUUGUGAAGGGCGAUGUCGCCGGGUCUGUAGAGGCAGUGGUAGAAGCCGUCUCGCCACUAGGCAACGAAGAAGUUGGGGCACGAGUCAUUAGGUCCUCUUUUGGAGCCGUGACUGAAUUCGACAUAGAUCACGCCGCUGCGGCCGAAGGUGAGAUUCCCUCUCUCACCCCUCCUCCGUCUCUCUUUCCACACAAUCUAAUAUAAUAGACAGGUUAUGUCCUUUGCUUCAACCUCUCGGCCGAACCCGAAAUCAUCCAAUACGCCCGAAACAAAGGCGUGACCAUAAUGACUCACAACGUCAUCUACCGCCUAGUGGACGAGGUCUCCGCGAAGCUCUCUGAAAAACUCGCCCCACUAAUAAAGUACUCUGUCAAGGCCGAAGCAGGGAUCAUCCAAAUCUUCACCAUCAACGUGAAGAAACGAAAGACUACGCAAGUCGCGGGAUCCUUGGUGAAGAACGGGAAUCUCUACAAGCACGAUAAGGUCCGGGUGUUGAGGGACGGGAAGACCGUCUAUGAUGGUGAGUUUGACUCCAUGAAGAUUUUCACCAAGGAGGCUACGGAGGUGAAAAAGGGGGGUGAGUGCGGAGUUGGGUUUAAGGGGUGGGGAGACUUCCAGCCCGGGGACACGAUUCAGACGUACGAAAUCAUUGAGGAGGCGAGGACCAUCUAGUAUUCCCCUAUUUUCCUUAAUAAGUAUUCCCUUUCUAUAUUUUCGGAGUUUGCCACAUUUUUUCUUUCUACUCCCUCCCUCCCUCACCUUAACCAGGUCCAGCGGAAUUUUCCACACAAAACAACACGCGGAAGGUUCAAAACAGAGAUAACACCAGAUCUGAGCGGUGAGGGCGAGGUUAUUAAUUUAGUCAGUCGGCUGGCCGUUGGUGAUUCGGGGAUAUCAUGCAAGAAUAAAAAUGGGAAUAGAGCAUCAGGAGUUAUGUUAUUAUAUAUUAUUUCCCCUCUUGUUUUUUUGCAACCAUCAUUUUCUUUUCG